GCGACGACGUCGGCAAUAACGGCGCGAUAUUUAGUCCUGCAGUUAGCCACUUCCCUGUGAUGCAUAUUCUGGAGUGAGACUCUCUAGAGAUAUGGGUUCCCUCAACGACAUUGGUGUUGCUGCUGGGAUAAACAUAUUAUCUGCAUUGGGUUUCCUUCUUGCGUUUGCGGUUCUGAGGAUACAACCUAUUAACGAUCGGGUUUACUUUCCAAAAUGGUACCUCAAAGGGACAAGAAGCAGCCCAAGACAUAUAGGAGCUGCCUUAUCAAAGUUUGUGAAUGCCGAUGUGUCAACAUAUAUGCGGUUUCUUAAUUGGAUGCCUGCGGCGCUAAAAAUGCCAGAACCUGAGUUAAUCGAGCAUGCAGGACUAGACUCGGCAGUAUAUGUUCGCAUCUAUCUUCUAGGUUUAAAAUUAUUUGUGCCAAUAGCUGUGCUGGCAUUCUCGGUCCUAGUUCCAGUCAAUUGGACUAGUGGAACUUUAGAAGAUGAAAAGAGCCUAAGUUACGAUCAAAUUGACAAGCUUUCAAUAUCGAAUAUUGGAACAGGUUCAAAAAGGUUUUGGGCACACAUUUUGAUGGCUUAUGUAUUUACCUUUUGGACGUUUUACGUCUUGUACCAUGAGUAUAAGGUUAUAACAACUAUGAGACUGCGCUUUCUUGCCAAUCAGAAACGUCGGCCUGAUCAAUUCACGGUACUUGUGAGAAAUAUACCAGAGGACUCAGACGAAACAGUUAGUGAGCAUGUUCAGCAUUUCUUUGCUGUGAAUCAUCGUGAUCAUUAUCUCAGCCAUCAGGUUGUAUACAAUGCAAACACCCUUGCCAGUUUAGUUGAGAAGAAGACAGGCUUGCAAAACUGGCUGGUCUACUAUGAAAAUCAGCACGCUAAAAAUCCUGAGAAGAAUCCAACUAUAAAGACAGGACUGUGGGGUCUUUGGGGGGAAAAAGUGGAGGCCGUAGAAUACUACAGGACAACAAUUGAGGAGCUAUGUAAACAGGAAGAUGAGGAGAGAGAGAAAGUGGUCAGUGAUCCUAGUGCUAUUAUGCCGGCGGCAUUUGUGUCUUUCAAAAGUCAGUGGGGGGCUGCUGUUUGUGCACAAACGCAGCAGACAAGUAACCCAACUGUGUGGAUAACCGAGUGGGCUCCGGAACCUCGCGAUGUUUACUGGCCUAAUCUCGCGAUACCUUUUGUUUCUCUCUCGGUUAGGAGGCUUAUCAUGACCGUUGCGCUCUUUUUCCUGACAUUUUUCUUCAUGGUACCAAUUGCAUUGGUCCAAUCCUUGGCAAAUCUAGACGAUAUUGAGCGGGUGCUUCCUUUCUUGAAACCUAUAAUACAACGAAAUUCUCUGAGGUCAAUUAUACAAGGUUUCUUGCCAGGAAUCGCUUUAAAACUAUUCCUUAUAAUUCUGCCAACAAUUCUCAUGACCAUGAGCAAGAUUGAAGGACACAUAUCACUCUCUGGAUUAGACAGGAGGACCGCAUCGAAAUACUUCCUGUUCCUUUUCGUCAAUGUAUUCUUGGGGAGUGUAAUAACCGGAACAGCGUUCCAACAGCUGGACACUUUUAUCCAUCAGUCUGCCAACAAGAUUCCAGAGACUAUUGGAGAAUCGAUUCCCAUGAAAGCAACAUUUUUCAUCACAUACAUAAUGGUGGAUGGAUGGUCCGGCAUUGCUGCUGAAGUUCUAAGGUUGAAGCCGUUGGUCAUGUUCCACAUAAAGAACACUUUCUUGGUGAGAACUGAUCAAGACCGCGAUCAGGCCAUGGACCCUGGGAGCCUGGAUUUCGGGUCCAAUGAACCGCGAAUACAACUCUACUUCCUCCUCGGGCUUGUAUAUGCAGUUGUGACACCAAUUCUUCUUCCUUUCAUCAUAGUCUUCUUCAGCCUUGCCUAUCUUGUUUUCAGACACCAGAUCAUCAAUGUCUAUAACCAGCAAUACGAGAGUUGUGCGCAGUUCUGGCCAGACGUGCACAGACGAAUCAUCAUUGCGUUAAUCGUGUCGCAGAUCCUCCUGCUUGGACUGCUGAGCACACAGGAAGCAGAGAAGUCAACUUUCGCCCUUCUUCCUCUUCCUGUCCUGACCAUAUGGUUCCACUACGUCUGCAAGGGCCGGUUCGAACCGGCGUACAUAAAAUUCCCCUUGCAGGAAGCCAUGGUGAAGGACACCCUGCAACGCGCGACUGACCCGACACUGAACCUUAGAGCGUACCUGAAGGACGCGUACGUGCACCCGGUCUUCCAGGGAGGUGACAUGUAUGAUCUCGUCGCCAUGGAUGAAGAGGAGAAGGACCCCCUCCUCGUCGCGACGAAGCGGCGGUCUCGGAUGAACACGCCGGUGGAUAGCAGGCUGAAUUCGAGUUCUGGCACGAACGAGGGAGAGUUCAGCCGUCUGCAUCCUUAGCUGAAGUGUGGGAAGGAAAUACGAAAUGUAAGGGGGUGUUGGAGCAGGGUGUGAACUGUAGAGGU